CGAUUUUUUGCGAACCCUUUGCAAUGGUUAGCGAAAAUCGUCCUAUGGGUAAAAGGAACGUGCGUGAGAGCCAUCGAUUCGACCAAUACCAAGUACAACACGCCAAUCUCAACGACGUUGAAUCCUCGUGACUUCUCUCUCUCCGCCUAACACACCCAGUACGCCCUCUCAUGGCAUCAGAGCAGGACGACAGCGUUUUCCCCGAAGAGGACCUUGACGACGACGACGAUCAGUCUCAGGACGAGGACGAUCUCGACAACGACGACGUUUUAGUUGAAGAGGAAGAAGACGAAGAAGAAGACGACCUUAACUUUCCUUCUCCUUCCACUUCAUUCGCCACCGCCACAGUCGCUACUGCCGCUUCCAGUAUCCCGAUCGCAACGAUCAACUCCUCCACCCCUUCUGUGACCGUUGCUGUUCCUCUCUCUUCCGUUAUGCCCGGUGAUGCUGAUGGCGACGACUUUCCGACCGCCAUCGUCAACCAAUCUGAGCCCGAUCCAAAGCGACAACGCGUGGGUGAAACGGUAGUUGUUCAAAAUGAUAUCAAGAAACCGCAGCCGCUGCCGCAAAUGGAUGAUUCCAGACGCCUGUUUCAACGGUUGUGGACGGACGAGGACGAGAUCGAGCUCCUUCAAGGGUUCUUGGAAUACACCUCACAGCGCGGAGUCAACGCUCAUCAUCAUGAUACGACGCUGUUUUAUGACCAGAUCAAGUCGAAGCUCCAGCUCGAUUUCAACAAGAAUCAGCUGGUAGAGAAACUGCGACGUCUGAAGAAGAAGUACCGCAACGUGCUUAACAAGAUCAGUUCAGGGAAAGAGUUCUCCUUCAAGAGUCCUCACGAUCAUGCAACCUUUGAGAUAUCGCGCAAGAUCUGGAGCAAAGAUAAUUCUGCGUUGGAUGACGAUGAGGGGAACCCUAACGCCAAUCAGGUUGAUGUCGAGGUGAAAACAGAGGAUUUUGUUGACCGGAAGGCAACGCCCAAGUCUAGAAAGCGGUCCCGGCCAAAAUCAAGCGGUGGCGCAAAGGUUGAUGAUAGCCGGGCUGUGAAUGACGAGUUUGUGUCAAAUAAUUACAAUAGCAACAAUACUAACAAUAAUAAUGCUAAUAACAAUGCGAAUGCAUUGAGUUUGAUUGAGGAGACAGUCAAGAGCUGCUUGUCACCAUUGCUUAAGGAGCUCUUGAAUGGUGCAAUGGGGUUGGGAGGACCCUUUGUAGGGGCAGGGAGGGGAUUGGGGGCUUUGGCUAUGAAUACAAUGCCAUUGAGCUUUGGUGGGCAGGUGAGUUUUGGUGGGCAGGUGAGUUUUGGAGGUGAAGUGAUGGAUGAGAAGUGGAGGAAACUGCAGAUAAUGGAGUUGGAGGUUUAUUCAAAGCGCUUGGAGUUGGUUCAAGACCAGAUUAGGGCAGCUCUUGAGGAGUUGAGAUCUGCAGGAGGAUGAUUACAAUGGGAUUUUAGAGUAAGUGACAAAAGGUUUUUCUUUCUUCCUUUUUUUUUUGUUGGUAGAGGCAACAUUUACAUUUUGGGUUUAUCCUUGUUAUUUGGGGUUUCCUAUUUAUCUGAUUUAUGGGUUGUUGAAUAAUGACUUUUAGAAUUGUUUAGUCUCUGGUAGUGUGUUCAGGUUUCAUGAUAUGUGUAGAUACUAGCUUGAUAUACAUAAAGCGAAAUGACUGUGUAAUAAAGACGCAGCUGACUGAUGAAUACAAGCUUUCACUUUCUUCUUAAUUUA